GGUCAUCGAGCAACGUUUCUGAUUGUAUGAAACUUCAUGACCGUCUCGUGAGUGUUCUGUCCUCCGUCAUUGUCGUCUUCAUUGCUUGUGCAUUCGUGCUAAUGGGAACCGAGAAGCAGGUUCGACCCUACAUCCAUACACCGAUCGCCAGAGCCGUCUACGAGCGAUUGAUGAAAGAACGGGAGUUUGAGGAAAUCGAUCGGGACGAAUGGUAUCGCUUGAAUUUGGAUGCGAUACUUAGCGAAGACGUACGGUCGAAAUUCAUUCAGAUGAAAUGGGAUGUCGACACUCAAAAGUUCGUUGAUCAGAGCUCAGAAAAAAGCUCCUGGAUCGGAACUCAGCUGUGGCACGCUCUCGUGACUUUCGUGGCCGGAUGGAAAGCCUCAAAAACUUCCCUGAACGGAUGGCUGAACCGCGGAUCGAUGUUCGUCUUCUCCGAGAGCCAAUUCCUGAGACUGACCGGAUGGAAAGAAGACCACCGCAGCGACUCGCUAUUGGAUCUCGGGGCCGGAGACGGUAAUGUCACCGCUCGCUUCAGCCGGUUUUUUGGGGAAGUCUUCGUAACGGAAGUUUCGUCCGUGAUGCGCAAGGUGCUCGUGAGCCGGGGCUAUCAGCUGAAAGAUGUCGGCCAGUGGGACUCCGAAGACGAUCCUCAGAAGUAUUCGAUGAUUUCGGCUCUCAACCUGCUUGACAGGUGCGACGCGCCGAUCUCUCUCUUGAAACAGAUUCCCAAGAAACUAGCCAAGAACGGAUUCGUUCUAAUAGCACUGGUAUUGCCUCUCAACCAGUAUGUGGAAAAUAAUGCGCCAACAUUUGCUCCUUCUGAAAUUAUCGGAGUGCGUGGCAGAACAACGGAGGAACAAGUCGAUUCGCUCGUCGAAUGCGUUUUAGAGCCUCUCGGAUACAAGCUCAAAUCGUGGACGCGGCUUCCUUACCUGUGUGAAGGCGAUCUGCAUCAACCGUAUUAUUGGAUGCAUGAUAUCGUCCUUCUGCUACAACACGAGAGCGCCAUGAUCGAUGAGGCUUAGACAUGAUGUCUCGAAACUAUGUGUCAAAAUCCAAACUUAUUGUGUUGUGCACUUUCCAAUGAGCCGAUUCAAAUUUGUCGUGUACAGAAUGAUGAUGAUGAUGUCAGUCGAAGGAGCGUCUCAUGCAUAUUUCAAAGUGUAUUUAUUGUGCGAGAAAGCCAAAGAAAAUUUAAGAUGUACUUAAUUCUGAGGCUGAAUUCAAGAAUAAAGUCC